CGUCGCUCGAGGAUCGCGGCCCCGGGGCAUCCGCAUCCCACAGGCAGGCGGACGGUAGGACGGAGCUCCAGAGUUCGGGUGCUGCGGAGGAAAGCGUGGGCAGCUGUCAUUUAGAUGUUGAUAUGUAAAGCAAAAUGGCAAAAAUCAGCACCCAGCACUCCUACCCUGGUAUGCACAGACUGUCUGUCAGAACUACUGAUGAAGAUAUUGAAAGGAUUGAAAAUGGCUAUAUCAGAACCCAUUCACUGUGUGAGGAUGCGUCUUCAGAACUGCAGGGAGUCAUUUCUGUGGAGGGAAGACAUGUAUCUGAAUCCCAGACGAGCUCAUUCACAGGCAGGGGAGCAAUGGCAAGGCUGUCACGAUUUGUCUUAUCUGUAAGGUCAUGGGCCACAAGACAUUUGCAUCAUGAAGACCAAAGGCCUGAUUCUUUCCUGGAACGUAUCAGAGGGCCGGAGCUCGUAGAGGUGUCCAGUAGGCAAAGUAACAUCCGCUCCUUUCUGGGUAGCCGUGAGCGGCCUGGGGCAGUAAACAGUCACUGGCCUUUGGCCAGAUUUAAUGUCAACUAUAGCAACAACACCAAUGAAGACAAAAAGGAAGAAAAGAAAGAGGUUAAAGAGGAGAAAAAAGAGGAGAAAAAAGAGGAAAAGAAAGAGGAAAAGAAAGAGGAAAAGAAAGAUGACAAAAAAGAUGACAAAAAAGAUGAUAAAAAAAAGGAAGAGCCAAAAAAAGAGAUCUUUGUGAUAGAUCCUUCAAGCAAUCUGUACUACAACUGGCUGACCAUAAUUGCUGCACCCGUGUUCUAUAACUGGUGUAUGCUAGUGUGCAGAGCCUGCUUUGAUGAGCUACAAAUGGACCAUGUUAAAAUGUGGCUGUUCCUGGAUUAUUGCUCUGAUAUCAUCUAUUUUUUUGACAUGUUUGUCAGAUUCAGAACAGGCUUCCUUGAACAAGGCUUGCUAGUUAAGGAUGAAAAGAAAUUACGAGAACAUUAUACCAAAACGUUGCAGUUCAAACUGGAUGUGCUGUCUCUUCUGCCAACAGACCUCGCUUAUUUGAAGCUUGGUUUGAACUACCCUGAACUACGAUUUAACCGCUUGCUGAGGAUUGCUCGGCUGUUUGAGUUUUUUGACCGUACUGAGACCAGGACAAAUUAUCCAAACAUGUUUCGUAUUGGAAAUCUUGUGUUAUACAUCCUUAUCAUCAUCCACUGGAAUGCGUGUAUAUACUUUGCGAUUUCGAAGGUCAUUGGAUUUGGAACCGACACUUGGGUCUAUCCCAACAUUUCUAUUCCAGAGUAUGCGCGCCUGUCUAGGAAGUACAUUUACAGUCUGUACUGGUCGACGCUCACACUGACGACCAUUGGAGAAACACCUCCCCCGGUGAAAGACGAAGAGUAUCUCUUUGUGGUCAUUGACUUCCUGGUGGGUGUGCUGAUCUUUGCUACCAUUGUUGGUAACGUCGGCUCCAUGAUUUCUAACAUGAAUGCUUCCAGGGCUGAGUUCCAGGCCAAAGUGGAUUCUAUUAAACAGUACAUGCAAUUCCGAAAAGUGACUAAGGAUUUGGAAGCCAGGGUUAUUAAGUGGUUUGAUUACCUCUGGACCAACAAGAAAACAGUGGAUGAGAAGGAAGUUCUCAAAAAUCUGCCUGACAAGUUGAAGGCUGAAAUUGCCAUCAAUGUCCAUUUGGACACGCUGAAGAAAGUGCGUAUAUUCCAGGAUUGUGAAGCUGGACUUCUCAUUGAGCUGGUACUGAAACUGAAACCUACCGUCUUCAGUCCUGGGGACUACAUUUGUAAAAAAGGAGAUAUUGGAAGAGAAAUGUACAUUAUUAAAGAGGGAAAAUUGGCUGUGGUGGCAGAUGAUGGCAUAACCCAAUUUGUAGUCCUAAGUGAUGGCAGCUACUUUGGUGAAAUCAGCAUCUUAAACAUCAAAGGUAGCAAAUCUGGCAAUAGGAGGACAGCCAACAUUAGGAGUAUUGGUUAUUCUGAUUUGUUCUGCUUGUCUAAAGAUGAUUUAAUGGAAGCCCUCACAGAGUAUCCAGAAGCCAAAAAGGCUCUGGAAGAGAAAGGGCGUCAAAUUCUGAUGAAAGACAAUUUAAUAGAUGAGGAGGCAGCAAAAGCAGGAGCUGACCCAAAAGACUUGGAAGAAAAAGUAGGAAGACUUGAAACAGCUCUGGAUACGCUGCAGACUAGGUUUGCGAGGCUCAUGGCAGAAUACACCGCAUCUCAACAAAAGGUGAAGCAGAGACUUUCCAGAGUAGAAACCCGAGUGAAAAAAUAUGGUAGUGGCAGCUUAUCAGUUGCAGAAGCAGAGGCUGAAAAACCUGAGGAGAAAAAGCAGUAAUGGAGCAUUUAUAUUUCCUCAUUUAUUCGAGAAAGUUGAAGCACUGAAAGCCAUAAAUGUAUGUAAAUAUGUGUGUGCAUACAUAGACAUGAUUAUUUUUAUAUGAACUCAAGAGAAUGGUUUUUAGCACUUUUAACUGAAGCAGUAUUUCUUUGCAAAUAGACCACUGUCACCAUCUUCUUAGGGGGAAAUUUGGACUGGCAUUUGGGUACUUUUUUGUACUGGGAGUGGGUUUCUUACAAGUUAUGCUCAGAAUGUCUGUUUUGUUUGGUACCUGUAGGCCUUGACACACUGUCUCUUCCCAUACAUCUUGUGUUAAGAAGGCAUUGUACUUGAAGUAGAAGGAAUUGGUUUUUUUCUUUUUUAAGGGCUUAAAAAUAUUUAUAGGGUACCCGCUGUACUUUGCUACCUUAGUAGCUGAUUAAAUGCAUGGACAGAAUCCGGGUUUCUCAAAAUCUUUGUUCUUUCGCAGUGUAGAGUCUGUGCAAACAGUUGUCUGACAGCAAAGCAGCAUCACUUACCUGGCCAUUGCAGUGCAGCCCUGCACGGGUAUGAAACAGCCAUGCAUCUGGAUGUGUUAGUCUAAUUCUUUCUACUGAGCUGGGCUCUGCACAAAGGACCAUGCUGAGAGAGUAGCAGUGCUUAUUCAUGUCCUUUCUGGCAUGGUCUGUGACGGCCUUUGCUGCUCUGCAACUGCUUCACUAGGGGACAGAUUGUGAAAUCCCCCCUUUUGUUUUUCUUAGCACAGUUCCAUCCCCACUGGUAAAACAUUCACUUGGAAGGGAGUCCCCAAAAGCUCACUGGCGGAAGGCAGCUGGGGCAGUAUGGCUUCACCAAACCUGGGAAGAGAAAAGAGGGCCCUGGUGCAUGCAGUUCCUGUAUGUGGGAUGUUGAGUGAAUUCCCUGUCAGCAAGCGAGCAGUCCCAGAGGGAGGCUAUGGAGAAACUGUGUGGGCUGGCAGCAUAGGCUGUCCCUGCCUGCCAGCCAGCUUUCUCCCACAACAGGGUUUCUGUGAGGCAGGGAACAAG